UCGGCCCGAAACUGAGAUAGGCCCAAAACACAGCACGUUUGGUUUAUUUUUCACCCUCUCUCCAAGCCAGCAAAGCUCUUCACUACUCUUUGUUCCUUUCUUCUUCUUCUCACUCUCUUCUCUUCUCCUCUUGAUCCUUCUACCACCAUGAUUACAGUAAGCGUAAAAUGGCAAAAGGAGCUUUUCAAAGAUGUAGAAAUCGAUACUACCCAGCCCCCUUAUGUUUUUAAGUGCCAAUUGUUUGAUCUGACAGGAGUCCCUCCUGAAAGACAAAAAAUUAUGGUCAAGGGUGGCCUUUUAAAGGAUGAUGCUAACUGGUCAACAUUAGGAGUGAAAGAGGGUCAGAAGCUAAUGAUGAUGGGAACAGUUGAUGAGAUUGUGAAGUCUCCAGAGAAGGGGACUGUUUUUGUUGAAGAUCUUCCUGAAGAAGAGCAAGUAGCUGCUGUUGGGCAUACUGCUGGGCUUUUCAAUUUGGGAAAUACCUGUUAUAUGAACUCAACAUUGCAAUGCCUCCAUUCUGUGCCAGAGUUGAAGUCAGCUUUGAUUGACUACUCACAAUCUGGACGAAACACCGAUGUUGAUCAGUCUUCUCAUAUGUUGACCAUUGCAACCCGUGACUUAUUCAAUGAGCUUGAUAAAAGUGUCAAGCCUGUUGCGCCAAUGCAAUUUUGGAUGGUAUUGCGGAAAAAAUAUCCUCAAUUUGCGCAGCUUCAUAAUGGAGUGUUCAUGCAACAGGAUGCUGAAGAAUGUUGGACCCAACUUCUUUACACACUUUCUCAGUCUCUCACAUCCCCUGGUUCUAGUGAAAACCUUGAUGCUGUGAAGGCCAAUUUUGGCAUAGGACUUAUUAGUAGGACUUAUUGCCAAGAGAGUAAUGAAGAAAGCUCAGAAACAGAGUCUGUAUUUUCACUUAAAUGCCACAUAUCUCAGGAGGUGAACCAUUUGCAUGAAGGUCUAAAACAUGGAUUAAAAUCAGAGUUGGAAAAGGCUUCCCCUGUGUUGGGCCGUAGCGCUAUCUACUUGAAGGAAUCACACAUCAAUGCCUUGCCAAGGUACUUGACUGUUCAGUUCGUCCGUUUUUUUUGGAAGAGGGAAUCAAACCAGAAGGCUAAAAUUUUGCGGAAAGUGGAUUAUCCUCUCGAGUUGGAUGUAUAUGAUCUUUGUUCUGAAGACCUUCGUAAAAAGUUGGAAACUCCUAGACAGAUCCUAAGAAAUGAAGAAGGCAAAAAGCUUGGUCUGAAAGUGAAAGAGAAAAGCGCUGUUCACAAAGAAAAUGAUGUAAAAAUGUCCGAUGCUGAGGGAUCAUCAAAUGGAGGAGGGGAGCCAUCUGUUGCUCCAAUGGAGGAAGGUGAAAAGGAAACCCAGAUGACUGGAGUUUAUGAUUUGGUUGCUGUGUUGACCCACAAGGGUCGAAGUGCUGAUUCAGGACAUUAUGUUGGAUGGGUCAAGCAAGAAAAUGGCAAAUGGAUUGAGUUUGAUGAUGACAAUCCCAAACCAAGACUGGAAGAAGACAUCACUAAACUAUCUGGAGGAGGUGAUUGGCAUAUGGCGUAUAUAAUCAUGUACAAGGCUCGUGUUGUAUCUCCGUAGCUAAGAUGAGUCCAUUUGGUGUUUUACCUCAGAUUCAAGGACUUUGGAAAAGAACAGUCUUGAGAUCUUUGUAUUUUGUACCCUUGAACUUUGAUGCUUGUUAGUUAGUCUUCAUUUGUUUAAUUUAUGUACACUAUGAAUUGUAUUUUUUUUAAAGAAUGUAUACGGAUUUAAGUUAAGGGCGCUGUCCUGAAUCUCCUCCCAUCACUCGUCUGAGCCUGAGAGGCAGCUGAAUAUCAAAUUAUAUUCCUAUGA